AUGACAAAUCGCCCCAGUUACGCUCAACUAGAAGGUCUAGUUGAGUUUCUAGAGCAAAACCCAGGCAUCGCUAAAGGUUUACUCCGGACUACUCAGGCGAAACUGGAGACCAAAAGAAAAUGGGCAACAUUGGCGACCUCUUUGAAUUCUCUUGGAGGCGCUAAUAAAGAUGGUCAAGGCUGGGCUAAGUAUUGGGCUGAGAAAAAAUGUGCAUUAAAGAAACAGUGUGCACAACUGUCAUCUUCAAUGAGGCUCACUGGUGGUGGAACAGCAUCCAAUUUGCCCACAUUGUCUGCCUUGGACCAAAGAUUGGUGGCGGUGAUGGGUGGGCAUGAAUUUGGGAACCGUGAUUCACGGUUAGCAGUUGAUCCAUUCCCUGAAUUGACAAUACCCACAUCCCCAAUCAUUGAAAUGCCAGUGAUUGAAACGCCAGUGACAGAAGAUACAUCUCCUGUCCCUGGCACCUCACAUAAUGACACACCACAACCGAUAUGCUUAAUUCCACCAGCAACACCGACACCCACUCCAGUUCACAGCCACCAUACCACCACAGUUACCAUACCACAACCCCGCCGGCGUCGCUCUUUAAUUCCAAGGGCUCAAAAUGCAGACAUGGAGCAGUUUGCAAGAAUUGAAGAGCGACGAGUUGAAGCUGAAAUUAAAACAGCAGAAGCACUGGCUAAAAUAGCCGAACACAUGGGCACUAUAGGUUGUGCAUUAUUAGAAAUGAGUAGAAAGAUGCCAGAGCCAUAG